AACCGCGUCUUCUCCCUUGCUUCCCUAGCUUUCUCAGGACUGCUAUUCAAAAAAAUGAGAGAACUUACAUCAGGAGCCCUUCAGACCCUGCCUCUAUGCUGUCUCUGCUCCUGUCUUUCCUCCUCUUCUUCCUCAGGACAGAAGGACAAGUUUCAGAUUCUGUGUUUGUAAUGAAGAGUAAAAGUGCUGAUAUAGCCCUCCUUGGGAACGACGUGACUCUGAUGUGUAAUCUGACAAUCCCAGCAGAUGUUCUACAAAUUACCUGGCAAAAAUUCCAAGGGUCUAUUCCAGAGACUAUAAAAACAUACAGCAGCCAGCAUGGUGGGAAAAUUCUCCCCCCAUAUAACAAACGGAUUCAGUACAGCAAUAGAGAACUGACAUCGUCAAGUGUAACUAUAUAUAACGUGACCUUGAAGGAUGCAGCAUGUUACGAAUGUCUCUUUAAUGUCUUUCCAUAUGGUAUCUAUGGAGGAAAGAUGUGCUUCAGUGUACAAGAUGUGCCUGAAUUAAGAAUUGAGCUCCAUCCUCAUCCCACCAUUGAGGGAAUUCUUAUAGUCAUCUGCUCAGCUACAGGAAAACCUGCCCCUCACAUCACUUUCUCUGAGAGGCUGCUGAUGGGAUUGCCUAAGAAACACAUUGACCAAAACCCAGAUGGAAUAACUAACGUCACGAAAUGGUAUAACAUCUCAAAGGAGGCUGUGAGGUCCUUGAAAAUUCAGAAUGCAUCCUGUGUCAUGGAUCACCCUCUAAGAAAGAAGAAAGAACUUGUUUAUUUUUCUCAGGAACUAGAAUGUAAGUAA